AUGUCUCCCCAAGCACCAGCCGAUGAACCCGAAUCGGGGCGUAGACAAGGCAAGAGACCAGCUCCACGUGGGACAGCCUUUUACCCAAGGAAACGGGCCAACACGGCUUGCCAGGUCUGUCGAGCUAGGAAGACUAAGUGCGAUAAUCAGAAACCGUCAUGUUCUUACUGUCUCAGCACCGGGGCCACUUGCAUACAGUCCCCGGUCGACCUCUCGUCCUUUGACCCCGCGAGCCUCAAGAUUCUCGAACGGUUGGAUGAGUUAGAGAAGCUGAUUCGCGAGCCACGCAAUGACAUACCAGCACAUGUUGUCGUGCAGGCGGAUGAUCAGCCGCAAGAACCCUCGUCUUCUCAAGAAACCCUUUCAGAGGACCUGCAGUCGGAACCUACAGAUGAGACAACCGACAUUCCCCUGAGGAGCAUCCUCCCAGAAAGGAUGGAGAGUCUCCUACUAUGGUCUGUCCUCUCACGCGACAUGUCAGCUCACACAACCCUUCAAAACGAUCCUCCCCAACCAUCGCCGUCUUAUUCCCCGGGUUGCACCUCGCUAGGCGACAUAGCCGAUCUGGAUACCCAGGGUGUCAAGACGCUUCUCGAUAAUUUCUUCGCCCACGUCCAUUGCAAAAACCCCAUUCUCGAAGAGGCGGCUGCUCGAAAGGCGGUCCUCAAUGUUGUUAUUGAAGGAAUCGAUUGGUCACCCGCAUCCUGUCUCAUGCUGCUCAUCUGUGCAUUGGGGAAAAUCGCUACGCCACUUGAUGCUAGUUUUCACAUGAGCUCAGAUUCGGCUCCGUACCUUGAAGCUCAAGCUUUGUUUCAAGCGGCGCAAAAGAGAAUCGGGAUACUCAUGACCCGAUCAGAUAUCAUCAGUGCCCAAUGCUUCUUCCUGUCAGGGGUUUUCCUCAUGAGCACCUUUCGACCGUUUGAAGCCUGGCGUUAUUUCUCGCAGGCGUUAGCCACCUGUCAGACAUUGCCCUUUCUUCAAAGAGCUCACUCUCUGAGAGCCUCCAACGCAUCAGACCUACCGAUGCCAGAGUUAGGUGAAACACAGCAAGAGGCAGUGUAUUGGUCUGCGUGGAAGUCCCAGAGGGAACUCAGCGGAGAACUAUCACUGCCUGAUUUUAGUAUGCCUUACUUUUCGAGCGUGCUGUACCCGCCCUUCUUCCCCACGCCUCCCCUUCCUCUCGACUCUACUAAAACCACGGCAUCGAGUCGACAGCAUGCGGCUUGGCUGUUCUAUUUAUCCGAGAUAUCUCUAAGGAGGCUCUCUAGUCGGACCUGUCAUGAUGUCCUUGAACUCCAUCGCGCAUCAACAUCUAAUCACCAUUUCCUUGAGAGUCUGGCUCUCGUCGUACCAGCUUAUGAAGCUCAGGCAAACGAAUGGGCUGAAACUCUCCCGCCCGAGCUAUAUAUAGCAACGGCGCCUAUUGAUGACAACGUAUGCUGCUUCGUCCUUCGAGGACAUCUCGUGAACUUCUUCGAGCGCCUGUAUUGGCCUUUUGUAAUGGCUCAUCUGACCGCUCUUGAACGCGGUAUGACAAGUCCUAUUCCCGGGAGGCAGUUCGCAGAGAAGGGAUUGGAAUAUCAUGUUUUGAAUGUGGAAAUUAACGAAGCUGGCUUUUUACAUCGUCAUCAUGGCACCUGGCUCAUGGUCCGAGCUCUUGUACGCUCCGCAACGGUAUUACUUGCAGCGCGGCUCUUAAACUCGGCAAUGCCGAAGGGUUGGAGGGAAGGAUGCGAGAGAAUUAUACAGGUUCUAAGAGCAUGGGAAGAUGAUAUCCCAGAGAUGUCGAACCAUCGGAACUUCUUGGAAGAGGUCUUGUAUGGCUUGAACGAAUGA